UUCCCUGCUCUCUCUCUCUCUCUCUCUCUCAUGCAGCUUUGUAAAGAAAGCAGGGCAUGAGGGCUUGUACUUGUUAUCAAAGAUUCAUCUUUUAUCAGUCACAAAAAAUUAAAAGGUUUCUAUGUUCAAGUUUCAAGCUCUGGGGUUCAUCAAGAUCUGUUUUUGCUUGAACCUGCAAGCUUAACCCACAUGCAUCAAGGCUAUUUACUACAUUGCCCAGUUCUGUAGGCUCCCCUAUGUCCCAAAUUGGCUACAGGGUUAUUGUCCUUGGGGACCAGCUUUUCUUCAUCAUUCUCCAGAUCCUUGUGGGGACUAUAUACUGGCUAUUCCACCAAGAUAGGAAUCUCCUAUUACUUUCAGUUCCCCUUCAGGCUGCUUUUGUUAGAGAGACUCUUUAUCCCAUUUCCCGUUGUGUAUGAACAGGUCAGAUGGACACAUCAUCGGUAAAAUGUCUUAUCAACAGCAUUUCUCGAUUCAUUCUUCUAGUAUCAUGCCAGACAAUGAAAGCAAUGCCUAUUCAGAAGGAUUACAGAGAUCUAGUUGGUGCAUUAAAGCUUUUGAAAGCAGUGCUUGAUGAAGUUGUUGAUUACAAAAUUCCUUCAGAUGAAAUUCUCUGUAAAGAGUGUGAAGAAUUGGAUACGGCUAUCAAUGAGACUAGGGAGUUCAUGGAAAAUUGGUCUCCAAAAAUGAGCAAACUAUGCAGUGUUCUGUGGAGUGAGCCAUUGCUGAUGAAAAUUCGGAGCUCAUCAAUCGAUAUUUGUCACAUAUUGUGUAGAUUAUUACAGUCAUCUUCGUCUACUAUAAGUUUAAGUAAUGUGCAGAAUUGUAUGCAGGAGCUUCAAUGUUUGAAGCAGGAAAGAGUAACGGAAUAUAUAGAAGAGGCUAUUAUAAGUCAAAGAGAUAAUAUUGUUCCCUGCACCAAACAUCUCCUGAAGAUUAUUGAAUUUCUUAAUUUGACACCAAACCAGGAACUACUGAAAGAAAGUAUUUGUGUGGAAAAAGAGAGAAUAAAUGCCCAAGUCAAUAAAGCGAAAGGGGAACUAGAUCAAAUCUACCAAAUUGUGAAUCUUGUCUCCCACAUUCGUAAUUGCAUGGUGAAAAUUCAGCGCUUUGAAGCAAGAAGUGGUGUCCCAAUCCCUUCAUACUUCCGCUGCCCUCUAUCGUCAGAACUUAUGUUGGAUCCUGUGAUCGUGGCUUCUGGUCAAACCUAUGAGAGGUCUUCCAUCCAAAAGUGGCUUGAUCAUGGACUGACUAUUUGCCCAAAGACUCGUCAAACACUCACACACACAAAUCUUAUUCCCAAUUAUACUGUAAAAGCCAUGAUAUCAAAUUGGUGUGAAGAAAACAAUAUAAAAACUUACAACUCUGAGCGCACUGAGUUUGUUUCAGUGCCAUCCCUAUCAGAUCAUGCAUCUCCUCAAGAUUUAAUCCGCACAGAUAGUUCCCCUUUUUCUUUACACAACAGCAAUUCGAUGUCAAGAUCAUCUCAUGAAGUUGGAAAUGGAUUUGAAAAGCAAAAGAAUGAUGCCUCUUCUAGAUUAAAUGGGAAAAAUUCCAAUGGAUUCCAAAGCCGGGAGACAGAAAAGUUUUACCAUCCAUCCCCUGAACAAUCAUACAUCCAUAGCAGGAGUGAAUCAGCAUCAAGUGCCAUUUCCAGUGUUGAUUAUAUGCCACCAGUGUCAGAUGAGGUGCCAAGAAUAUCGAGCAAGCGUGAAAACGUGAAUGAGCUGUCUGGUGAAAUCACAACUGAAUGUCUUGAUACUUCUCCUCAAUGUAAAGAACCAGGAUUUCCCUCUUGGUUACCUGGAAAGAAAUUUGACAACUUGAAAAUAGAAGUUGAAGUAGCAGGUAACAUAAACCAUAAUUACUUAAGAGCAAACUCACUCCCAUUUUCAGACUCAGGAUCUGAUGAGGUGACCUCAGCUUCCCAUGUCAAGAAAUUGAUUGAAGACCUUAAGAGUCAGUCCAAUGAAGUGCAAACUACAGCUGCAGAAGAAUUGCGGCUUCUUGCAAAACACAACAUGGAGAAUCGUGUCAUUAUAGGCCAGUGUGGGGCUAUUGCACCUUUGGUCUCACUUCUUUCUUCAGAAAUGAAGCGAACACAAGAGCAUGCUGUGACAGCCCUUUUAAAUUUAUCAAUUAAUGAAAACAAUAAGGCCAUGAUUGCAGAAGCGGGUGCUAUAGAACCACUUAUCCAUGUUCUGAAAACAGGAAAUGAUGGAGCCAAAGAGAAUUCUGCAGCAACUCUAUUCAGUCUCUCUGUACUAGAAGAAUACAAGGUGAAAAUAGGUCGUUCUGGUGCAGUUAAAGCAUUGGUGGAUCUUCUACACUUGGGAACUCUUCGAGGGAAGAAAGAUGCUGCUACAGCUUUGUUUAACCUAUCAAUUCUUCAUGAAAAUAAGGCUCGUAUAGUUCAAGCAGGUGCUGUAAAGUAUCUUGUUAAGUUGAUGGACCCUGCUACAGGGAUGGUUGACAAAGCUGUUGCUCUUCUAGCAAACCUGUCAACAAUUGGGGAGGGACGUUUGGCAAUUGGGCGGGAAGAGGGUAUUCCAUUACUAGUUGAGAUUGUUGAAUCGGGAUCUCAGAGAGGAAAGGAAAAUGCUGCUUCUGUACUGUUGCAACUGUGUCUCAACAGUUCCAAGUAUUGUACCCUGGUUCUGCAAGAAGGAGCUGUCCCUCCCUUGGUUGCCUUAUCACAGUCUGGCACACCAAGGGCAAAGGAAAAGGCACAACAGCUUCUUAGUCACUUCCGGAAUCAGCGAGAAGGGGCCACAGGCAAGGGAAAAUCAUGAAGAGAAAUUUUCUUGGUUUCUUGCUGCUUUUUACCUUUGGCUCUUAUCUCCUCCUUGUCAAUUGCUCUUCUUCGACAUAUUCCUUUAGGGCUCUUUCUUCAUACAUUCUUUAGCUCUCAAUUAUAUCCAUUUGCAUCAUAGUCUUGAAAUUUUCUUUUCCUCCAUUAUGGUGGGUAGUGAUGGAUUUCUUAUUAAGUGCAAAAUGGGAUUGGAUUGUAAACUUAGGACUGUAGUUUCCCUGAGAACAUAGCUUGGCCAAGUAUAAAAUCUAGUCACUACAGUGUUUAUCCUGUUUUUUGGUCCUCAUUAGUGUUUUGUACAUAAAUUGUAUAUAUCCUACAGUAUUUAUGCUCUAUAUAGGUCCUUGUAAUCUGCUGUAGAAUCAUAGUAUUGAUUUUUGCUAUUUGUUGCACCAAAGUUCUAGUAAUAAUGUACCUUUUCUCCUCUUUUACUCAAGCAA